AUGGAUGAGAGAUCGCUUCGUUUUGCUGCGCGAGUAGGAGAAGAAGAAACUCUCUGGUUGCAAAUUAAGGGAGGAGCUGACGUAGAUGCCAAAAACAAAGCUGGAGAAACGGCACUGCACCUAGCCAUUCAGGAGGGACACGAAGAUAUCGUGAAAGUUCUCGUAGAUCAGGGUGCCGAUGUAAACUCAGAAACUAAAUGGGGCGAGAGACCACUUUAUUGGGCUGCGCGAGUAGGUCUAGAAGAAACUUGCAGGUUGCUACUCGAAAGAGGAGCUGACGUGCAUGCCAAAGACAAAAAUGGAGUAACGGCGUUGCACCUAGCCAUUCUGCAGAGACACCAAGAUAUCGCGCAAAUCCUCGUAGAUCAUAGUGCCGAUAUAAACUUGAAAACUGAAAUGGGUGAGACACCAUUUCAUUUUGCUGCAUUAGGAGGACUAGAAGGAACUUGCAGGUUGCUACUCGAAAGAGGAGCUGACGUGCAUGCUCAAGACAAAAAUGGAUUAACGGCGCUGCACCUGGCCAUUCUGGAGAGACACCAAGAUAUCGUACAAAUCCUCGUAAAUCAUGGUGCCGAUGUCAACAGGAAAUCUGAAUGUGACGAUACACCGCUUCAUUUUGCUGCGCGAGUAGGACACGAAGAUAUUUUCAGGUUGCUAAUUGAGAGAGGAGCUGACCUGCAUGCCAGAGACAGAAGUGGAUUAACGGCGUUGCAUCUAGCCAUUCAGGCGAGACACAAAAAUAUCGCACAAAUCCUCGUAGAUCAAGAUCAGAUAGAUCGGCUCGGAGGUAACAAAUAUUUUACGGCUUUGGAUUUGGCAUCGGGCUAUUAUCAGAUACCGAUGAGCAAAGAAGCAAUAGAGACUUAG